AUGACAUCAAUUGCACCUCCGAGACCCGUUUCUUCGAGCAGGGAAAAUUAUCAUUAUGCCAAAUACACCCCCAAGAAGCCCAGCAUUCCGGCUGCCGAUGACAGCGAGGAAUUCAGCAGUAGUAGCAGCAACGCUAGUGAAGAAGAAGAAGAAGAUGUCGAGCCGCUUCCAGUGAUUUCUAGCGAAGCUGUUAAGAAAGCACACGAGCAGCUCACAAGCAGGCGAAAUUCUCUGCAGCCAGUACAUCCUGUUCAACCUUCUCAGCCCCGACGUACCACAGAGGCUGCAGCGACUAGACCUAAAGCCCGUCCACCGGUGGAACAGUCUCGCUUUAUUCAGGCAAGUAGCACCCCGGUGAACUUUAAGCAAGUGCAAAAAAAUGCGGCUUUGAACAAUGUUAAUCGAAACUUGGCACAGACGCUUAGAAAGUUUUCAGAAGAAGAAGAUGAUGAGAAAAGAGAAGACAGAGACAACGAACAUCACGAAGAUGAAGAUGCACUUACCAACAAUAAUUUGUUCAAAGAGUUGACCGAGAAGAGAAAAGAAGUGGGAAACUUACAGCUGGAGCUUGAUAAAUAUAAGAGGUUGGUUCGAGAGAUGAAGAGCAGUACGGAAAGCCAAGAGAACGAAAUAAGCACGCUUAAAAAGGACCUACAGAACGUAGUGACGAAGUUUCGAAAGUUGUACGGAAACGAGGAAGACAAGCUCAAUAUCGAGUUUGGAAAAAACUGGGAUAGUUUAGAGCUUAACAAGGUAGAGAAUCUAACAUGGGUGGAAGCCACCAACGACAUUAAAAACGUGCUGAACCGAUUCGGCGUGAAAUACGAGGACUUACGAAAUCGUGUCAAAUUCAUUAGUGAAAAGGAGUUUUGGUUCAUCAGUGAAUUGCACAAGGUUCUACACGGAAAUGAAUUGAAAGGAGAGGAAGAGAUGAGAGAGUGUAUGGAUGUAAUGAUGGAUGAGAUCAGGCAGUUAGUUAAGCUUGCCCGUUAG